CGUUCGUGUCGUUCGUUUCUCGUCCAAUUUCUCUAAAAAAUUUUCAAUUUGUCAUCUUGUGCGCAGAAAAUUAUAAAAUUUCCGCACUAAAAGUAAAUUGAAUUAGAUAAAGUGGUUAUAAUAAUAAAGUGGACAUAAUGUGCUAUAUGUGUGUAUAAGAAUUGAUUAUUUUUCGCAAUUAUUUUCCCUCGAAAAUUGCAUGUGAAAAAUCGAAGAAUUAAUUCGGUCGUUGCCGUAGCAUUUGGAAAGAAGAACGAGAACAGAAAAGAAGAGAAGCAGAGAACAGAAAAGAAAAAAGUUCACACAGUGGUAAAAAGUAUUGAGAAAUGUGCAUAACUGCCGAUGGAAAAUAUUAAAGAAUUAUAUUAAAAGUUGGAGAACUGCAUUGUUAACCGGCGAAAUUUACUGUUGUUUCGUGGAUACAUUUUUUUUUAAAGUAUAUUCAAAUAUUCGCGUUUUUGAGGAUUUUAUGCGAACAUGAGCUAUAAUCAGAAACCACCUGGUGCCGGCGGCAGCGGCAUGGGGGGUGGUAUACCACCCAAUGGACCGAACAACUCGCAGCAAGUUGCAAAGACUUUGGCUGGUAUACAACAGCAAAUGCAGAAUUUGGUUCACGGCCAAAAUACAUUACCGCAAUCGUCACAGGCUGAUCUAAAUGUUUUCUUGCAACAGCAGCGUUUUCAAAACAUGUUGAAGCAACAGCAGUUGUUGCAUUUCCAAAUGCAACAUCAACAACAACAACAGCAACACCAACAACAACAGCAGCAGCAACAGAAGGAUCGUGGGGGCGGUGGUGUGGGCAUUGGUGCUGGUGGUGGCGGCGGUGGUGAGCCAUUAGCACUUACACGGACCCCAGCAGCUGCUGAGCUACUAAAUAAAACAUUUCAACAUCAGCAGCAGCAACCUAAUGGUAGUGCCGCUGCACCAAAUGCAGCAUUGAAUCAAUUCCAACAGCAAUUGCAGGCUUUGCCGCCAAAUAUCAUUCAGCAGCUGCAAACAUUGCAAUAUCAAAUGCAACAACAUCAGCAACAGCAACAUCAACACCAACAACAGCAACACCAGCAGCACCAGCAACAACAUCCAUCACAGGCGACGCCAGCUCAACACCAUCCAACUCAUCAGCAACCGCCACCGUCGCCGCAACAACAGCAGCAACCUUUGUUGACUGCACACCAACAGCAACAACUUCACGGACAAUUUCAGCAACAACAACAAAAAGCACUCCAACAAUUCCAGCAGAGUUUGCGUUAUUUCCCUACAGCUGCACCCACGCAGCCGACUGCCGCGCCGCAACCAUCAAGUAGUGGUGGCAAUAAAGGUGUCAGCGUUGUAUCUACACAGCCUCCAUCACAAGCCCCACCAUCGACUGCAAUCGGUAAUCAACUAAAAGCACCCAAUUUACCGCCAAGCACUCAAAUCACACCGGUUGCAGGCAAUGUUGGUUCAGGGGGCUCAGGUGGUGUUGCAGCACAGCAGGCCACCAAGAACACUGUUAGCAGCACACCAGUUACCACGUCAGGUCCUGCUGCCAUCUCGAACGCUGCUGGCAGUGGUGGCGGUAAUGUAGCCCCUACAGUCGGUGCUAAGCAAGUACCAACACCCUCCAUUUCAUUGUUGCCGGCGAAGGCUAGCACUUCAACCACAGCACCAACUGCCGCCCACCAACAAAGCAAAUUCGGCCCUGGUAAAACAUCUCCGGUUGUUAGCGCCAUACCAUCCCCAUUUCCCACACACUUCCAGAAACCGUCAGCAGCCGUGUCUAGUGGUAAUGCAUCCACUAGCAAUAUAAUUCCAACGGCCAAAGCUGGCUCAGUGCCUACGGGUACAGCAACAAUGAUAUCUAGCUCUUCGAUUGCAACCGCAAUAAAUAAGUCACCACAGCAGAGUGCCAGCCCUGUAUCACUUACAAAACUGACUUCGCUUGCACCACCUCCAACAUCGCAAUUUGGACCAGUUGCCACCGCAGCAACGGCUUCACCCACUUUGAGUGCAAUCACAGCAGCACCUUCUGCAAAUAACGGAAAAGCGGAUAGUACAGAUCAAAUUACAGCAACACAAAAGGCUACGAAUUCAACACCAACCUCUCCUGCGGCCCCUGGUGCCAACGUUACAUCAGCUCCCGCCACGGAUAAGAAUGUCAAGUCAACAACUUCGGAAAUACUUGAGACGGUUAAAAGUGUUGAAGUGGUGGGAAAUACACCUACCAAGGCGAAAGAAGAGCAUAGCGCCGCCAGCACGGCAAAACUAACUGCAGCAAAAAAGAUUACUGACUGCACAGCGAUCAAAGACGUAAAUGCUGCUGUUAUAGAUGUUAAAGCCCUGAAGCCAACUGAUUUAGAAAUCUCGGCUGAGAAAUCAAAUACACUUUAUGAAAGCAAACUACCAGCGGACAAUAUAAGUGGUUUCGAUGCUAGAGGUAGCACUGGUGGCGAUGGGAAACAAGAACCAGACAAGCCACCAGCUGCAAAGGAGCAAGAAAGUGCUACAUCACUUGCGUCGAAAGUGGACCCUGGAAUCCAAACUGAAGAGGUAAAUAAGAACGCAAAUCAAUUGGAAUCUACUACAGCUGUAAUCGGACAAGAUGCAAAACUACCCGUAGCUGGAGAAUUACAUGUUACCAAGGCAUCAAAGAAUACAGACACGAAUAGUAAUACACCGACCGUUUCAGCUAAAAAGGAAUGUGAGGAGAAAAUUGAAAACAGGUCUAUAGAUACAAUGGAACAGAAGGGUCGGGUCUCGGAGAAAAUAGAUAUAGCAAAAGCAAAACCAGCAGAGGUAGUUAGUAAAAGUUCUACGGAUACUGCAGAAAAACAAAUGCCGACAAACGUAGACAAAAAAGAAGCUUCAAACGCGAUAAGUGACUCAAAAGCGGCAGAAGCUACCUUAACUCCGGUAGAAAUCAAAUCAAAGGUUGCUGCUUUAACGACAGCUGAAGUCACAACAGAUGGAGACAAACGUCAAUCUGGCAAAGUAUCUUCCGCUGAGAAGCCAAAAGAAGAAAAAACAAAGAACAUAAAGUUGGAAAAAGUGCCAGCGUCAGCACCAGCACUUGCAGUGACGUCAUCUGCUGCCGAAGAACCAACUCAAAGCAAUAGCAACAACCAUACUGCUACAAAAAGCACAAAAUCAAAGGCCCCGGAGGCCGCUCCUGAUUCAACAAACAGUUAUAUAUCAGAUACAAAUAUUACACCAGUCAAGCGUUCGGGCCGUCAAACUAAAACUGUAGCAAAAUCGGAGAAGGCUGUAAUUGAAAAGAGCGAAAAAGUAUCGAGCACAAGCCGACCCAGAAAGUCAAAGAAUGGUGUCAGCAGCAGCAACAAUACAAGUGCUGUAACUGAUGUGACCGCCUCGCCAGCGACACCAAAACCCGAUCAAGGGCCCAGCACCAGCGCUAACGAUCGCAAAAGCUCUCGCCAUCGCCUCAAGACCAUACCAUUUCAAAGUCCACUCCCCGAGCUCGCAUACAUCACAAAGUUGUCGGCCAGCGAAGCCUCCAACUCACCAAAACCCAUGUCAAUGGAAGAUAAGUUAAUUGUAUUCUACAAAAAUGAAUAUAUGGCGGUUCGUAACGUCGAAAGCACAUUUUAUUUGUGUCAAACGAUGCAAAAUGUUUAUCGGACUUCACCACGCAUUAGCAUCCGUUGGUUAUCGGAGGAUCCAAAUAACAGUGGAAUUUAUAUACCUGAUUUUUAUGAUCACACUGAUAUUGAGUGUGUACUGACGACUGUUGAACUAAAACGUGUUGACAAGGGUCACCUUAGCUUACCGAAGAAAGAACAAGCGCGUAUAGAAAGUAUACUCAAGAAGGCAAUUGACGUGGAAAAAGGUCUGGUACCUAGGCCAGAGCUUACAGAGGAAAAUCCCGACGGCCUGGAUAUAUCAUUGUACAAAGAUGAAUCUCAGAUUGAAAAGAAAUUUGCGGCAGGUGCUACACCCACUGGUAUACGUAAAUCCCGACGUAGUGGUAACAGUAUUGGCACGCCAACAACUGCUAAAACCAGUACAAGUGUCGCAUCAGCGGCGUCUAUAACGAAAGGGCACAAACGCGGUCGAGCAAGUAUUUCGGGAGCAACUGCCGGCGACAAUGGUGUAAAAUCGUCGACAAAGAAACGAAAAUUAGCCACAAAGCGUAAAUCGAAAUCGAAGAAGACUACAACCACUGAUGAAGAAAAUGAUAGCACCGAUGAUUCCGAUGCAGAAUAUAAACCAAAUCAAAAGAAUACGGGAGCUGCUUCGAAGGCGUCGCCUCGCGCACAACGUUCACCACUGGCAAAAGCUAGAGCGGCUUCACCUAUUAGCUCGACAACAGCGCGAACUAAAAACGUGUCUGUAAAGUUGACUCCAACGGCGAGUAGUCGUGGUGAGCGGGCGAACAAACGUAAGGCCGCUGCAGAUGUCCCAAUUCUGACUGCAGAAAAUGCGGCAACUCCAGCAAAGAGAGCUGGCGGAGCAACUUCAAUAGCUGCUGCUACAGCAACACUAAAUGCCUCCAAAACAUCUAAUACAAAAAGUAAAGCAGGUCAAGAUGUCGUAAUCGAAGCGAACAAUAGUGCGUCGAUUGCAAAGAAGGCCAACCCGGCAACGGAGACAACGGAUGUAGUCAGUAGCACGACAAACGCUAGCAACACAAUUGCAGUCGAUAGCACAACUGCUGCUGCCACCACCAGUGGCGGCGGAAAUGGAGGCAGUACUAACAAUAGGCCGACCAGAAGUCGAAAAUAGAAAAUAUAAGUAGUUAGAAGAGAGUUAAUGCGUUUAUGAUUAGUAGCGUUAUUAUGCAGUUUCCUCAUUCCCCAAAAACUACAAAUUUAAAUACGCUCAGAAAACAUAAAAAAACUAAUAUGCAUAGUAGAAUUUCGAGAAAGUAAAACAAAACGAUCGGAUUUUGCACUGAUGCUGGAAAACGUUCGAACAAAAUGUGUUUUAGAUUUAGAAUGUAUGUAAAAAGAGUUCGACGCAUACUCGACAAAAUCUUGCACAUAUAAGAUGUAUACAGAGUGUGCAACAUAACCCUAAAAUAAUAGAUGUGUUCGCGGCAUUCAACAAUUACGGCAAUAUUGCGACUCUGUUAUUUUUUUGAUGGCAUGUUGCUGACACUCAGCUGAUUAGCUGCUACAAUAUUGUAGAAGUUAUGUCACGCCGAACGUGUUGCGUGCGAAUAUGGACCAAUAACUUCGUUUCAUUUUAACUUAAUUUUUCGAAGAAAGCGAAAAAUAAACUAUAUUAAAUUUGAAAACAAUAUUUGUAAAGUAAACACUUACGUUUACUCUUCCAUUUCAAUUUAGCAGUGACAACUUUUCUAUUGUGCUUGAUUAGCUAGUGAUGAUCAGUAGAUUGCCAACAUUUUACUGACAGAUUUCGUGACGUUGGCAUUGUUGCAGAAUUUUUGUAACAGAAUAUGAUGCCAUCUCAUAAAAAGUAACACUGCCGCAAUUAUUACAACUCAAAACACUCAAUAUGACGCAAUAUUAUUAUUUUUUAAUAUACCAAUUUCCUUCCACCAAAUUUGUAUACGCUAAUAUAGAUUGUAUUGUUGUCAAACGUUAAAGUAAAACUGCAUGCUUAUGAAGGAUUUAAGACGACUUGCUGCAUCCACCAAAUUUUCUGCGGACAUUAGCCACUAAUCUGUACUGGGAAAUGGAAGUGUUGUGUAUUUUUUCUUAAUUUACAUCAGAUUUUGUCUUGGAAUAUAAUUUGUUUCGUCAAUUUAUAUGUAUACUUUAUCCUAUUUUCUAUGUCGUUAGAUUUAAAUUUUUUGUUUGCAAUUAGUGUUUCAUGGUUAUUUGUAAGUAAUAGUUCUACUGCUUAGUCUUUAUUUUUGUAUUUAGGGCUAUAUAAGCUAUAUAGUGGAUGUAUUGAUAUAUUUAAACACUUUUCUUAUAUGUAUACAAAGUACAGAUCCUAAAGUGAAAAUAAUCGAAAUAAACUAGAGUAAAGUAAAGAGAGCGAUAGGCACGAUAACUUGUCGCUUGAACAGUAGAAAAUAUUUUCCAGAACAGAAACUUUUGGGAAACUUUAGAGCGCAAAAUACUCCCCAUACAUUUUGGGGAAUGCUGUUGAAAUGACAGUCGUUUCGGUAAAAUAGAUUUGUCUGUCGUCGGAGCGAUAGCCUUAGACCCUACCGCCGUCGGAGCAAAAUGGCGACUUGCAAUGUUAACUCAUUUGCGAAGGUCUGGAUAUCGGUAAGAGCUUAUUUUCACUAAUAAGAUAAUAUUAUUUUUUAUUAAUAUCUCCCAGAUGUUAAAAAAUUUGCUUCUUUAAGUAGCUCAAACAAAAAAUAAUAAUAUGAGUAGUGUCUUUAUAAAGCAACAACAGUAACAUUAAAGUCAUUGUAGAAUGAGUUAUUCAUGCUUAAACACAUUAGAUACAGAAGGCAAAUGAAGGCAUCAAAUUGAAUAACUUCUGUUCUGAGUCGCAAAAAUAGAAAUGUUUGCGUUUCAUUCAAAGAAGCGCAUGAAGCAAGAAUAUUCUACAUCAUAAUAUCAGAAAUAAUGAAAAGCUAAAAUGGAUAAAUACGUUGCUAUUCAAGGGAAAAUGAGUGUGCAUUAAGGCAAUAUUUAAGCACCGAUGUAAUAUCAAAAUGAAACUUUAAAUGAAUGCAGGGAAGAAAUCAAUAGAUAUUUGAAUGUAUGAAAAAUGUACUCAUUCCCAUUAAGAAAAAAUAACAUAGAUUAACAUAAAUCACACAGAAAAGAAACAUAAAAAAUGUAUAUUAUAACAAUGGGUUUGGAGAAAAUUGUAAAAGUAUAUGCUCAGUAAAUGGGUCAAAGAGGCAAAGUGUAGUGCAAGCGCGCGCAUAGUUAUUUAAUAAACUAUAUGAAGUGCAGUGCAAGUAAGAAAAUAAAGCAUAAAUUAUACUAAACUAGCCAUUCAAAUAUCAUCAAAUUAAAAAUGUAGAUUGUAAUGUUUCGAAAUAUACGCAUAUAUAUGCAUGUAUGUAUAUGCAGACCAGUAUGUAUACAAACAAUGCACUUAAAAUGUGUAUGUUAAUAUGGCUAACAUGACAAGAAUAAAAAAAUUAAAACACUUCAUUUUAAUGCGAAUUAAUUUCUCAAAAACUGGACUUGACGUGUUGAAAAUUGCAUUUCUUUUGUUCUUUUGUAAGAAAUUUGUGUAUGCUAACAGGCAGAAAAAAAUAGAAAAAAUAUUACAAAAAAAAAAAAAACUGCAAAUAACAGCAAUUAUAAAAUAAGAUUAAUAAUUAUGUAAGAAUACAUUGACUUUUCUUUUAAAUUAUCAGCAAACACAACAACGCGCCAAUGUAAGUUUCAUUAAUUUAGGUUUUAGCAUAGAAAGUUUCAAACAUUUGGGGGCGCGAUUCUUAACAAAACAAAUGCAUGAGAAUAUUAAUUAUAUAUACAAAUAAAUAUAAACAUUAAUGCCGAGUUAGCGAACCCAAAUAUACAUAUAUACAACAACAUAAAUAGUACAUAAAACGAGGCAUUUAUAAUAGCCUGCAUACAAUUUAAUACAAAAUCAGAGAAAAUUAAGCAAAAUGAUCAAUGUAUGUAUCAAAAAAAAAAAAAAAAAACUUACGAUAAAAAACAUUUCACACGCCGCAGCCAUGAUUUCAUUCAUUUUACUCAAGAUUUGUAACAGCAAGAAAUCAAUGACUUUGUGUUGGUUAAUUUAAAUAACAUACAUGAACACACUGCAAUAUUAGCGGCUAAAGGAUUUUAAAGAAACACAAAACAGAAGCAGGUAUAAAACAAGUGUAGUAUUUAUGGAAAAACAGAUAAAUAUUAAUAUUGCGUCAACACAAUAGCCAACGCGAUGUACAUCGUGACUAUUGGUAUGUUACCAGCCAAUUUGGCAUUCGUAACAGUGCAAUUGCAAUUUGGCACCAGCACGGCUCUAAAAGUCUGCUAUAGACCCAUUUUUUAAUAAAUUCAAAAAUAUGCAGACCUGGCGCAACAAAUACAAAGGCAAAAGCAAAGAGCUUGCAAGAUCAUCAAAGGAAACAGUUUUAUAUAGAAAAAAUAUCUUACAAAAAGCUAGAAUAUGAAAA